GCUCUCAUGAUAGCAAAUAGUGCCCUUAUGAAAGAAGCUCUAGAAAGAUCCCUCACCACCUUCCAUCAUUUGAGGGCACAGCAAGAAGUCACCAGUCUGCAGUGAAGGAGAGGGCCUUCAUCAGAUCCUGACCAUGUUGGCACCCUGAUCUUGGAUUUCUAGCCUCCAAAACUCUGUUCAGAGGAGACUCAUUACAACUCUUGCUGAAGCUCCUAAUCUUCCUCCCUUCUCUUCUGCCCCUAACCCCUACCCUCAUUGGCCUGAAGACAAUGUACCCAGAGUUUGCCUUACUCCCCUGGCGCUAUAUGUAUGGUAAACCUGGUACUAUGGUCACAUCUGGGACUGGCCAGACAACUGCUGCUGGUUCUCCCUAUUCCAAGAAGGAUUUAAAGGGGAAUUACACUGCAGGCAAUGCACCAGAGCAGCAUCAGGAGCUUGGGGACUAAGGCUCCUCUGGCAUUAUUACAGACACACAGAGCUGACCGCAAUGACAGCAGCUGCUCCUUUGAACUGUUGGCAGCAGCCAAGCGGCAGCAUGAAGUGAGAGAUCACUCCUGAGCUCAAGAUGAACUCUACCUUGGAUGGUAAUCAGAGCAGCCGCCCUUUUUGCCUCUUGACAUUUGGCUAUUUGGAAACUGUCAAUUUUUGCCUUUUGGAAGUAUUGAUUAUUGUCUUUCUCACCGUAUUGAUUAUUUCUGGCAACAUCAUUGUGAUUUUUGUAUUUCACUGUGCACCUUUGUUGAACCACCAUACUACAAGUUAUUUUAUUCAGACUAUGGCAUAUGCUGACCUCUUGGUUGGGGUAAGCUGCUUGGUCCCUUCUUUAUCACUCCUCCACUACCCCCUCCCAGUAGAGGAGUCUUUGACUUGCCAGGUAUUUGGUUUUGUAGUAUCAGUUCUGAAGAGUGUCUCCAUGGCCUCUCUGGCCUGUAUCAGCAUCGAUAGAUAUAUUGCCAUCACUAAACCUUUAACCUAUAAUACUCUGGUUACACCUUGGAGACUACGCCUGUGUAUUUUCCUGAUUUGGCUAUAUUCCACCCUGGUCUUCCUGCCUUCCUUUUUCCACUGGGGCAAACCUGGAUAUCAUGGAGAUGUGUUUCAGUGGUGUGCAGAGUCCUGGCACACCGACCCCUACUUCACCCUGUUCAUCGUGAUGAUGUUAUAUGCCCCGGCAGCCCUCAUUGUGUGCUUCACCUAUUUCAACAUCUUCCGCAUCUGCCAACAGCACACAAAGGAAAUCAGCGAAAGGCAAGCCCGCUUCAGCAACCAGAGUGGGGAGACUGGGGAGGUGCAGAGCUGUUCCGAUAAGCGCUAUGCCAUGGUCCUGUUCCGAAUUACUAGUGUAUUUUACAUCCUCUGGUUGCCAUACAUCAUCUACUUCUUAUUGGAGAGCUCCACUGGCCACAGCAACCGCUUCGCAUCCUUCUUGACCACCUGGCUUGCUAUUAGUAACAGUUUCUGUAACUGUGUCAUUUAUAGUCUCUCCAACAGUGUCUUCCAAAGGGGACUAAAGCGCCUCUCAGGGGCCAUGUGUACUUCUUGUGCAAGUCAGACCAUAGCUAAGGACCCUUACACAGUUAGGAGCAAAGACCCCCUUAACGGAUGCCAUAUCUGAAGUGAUUCAGAUAUUGGAUCACUGUGUGUGUGUGUGUGUGUGUGUGUGUGUGUGUGUGUGUGUGUGUGUGUGUGUGUUUCCUUUUUAUCUCUUUGUAUCCCUAGCUUACUAGGAGAUCUGGGACAAAAUAAUUCAACUCUAAGCAGUAGCAAACAAAUGAUCCAUUGAACAUACCUUCUAAGUUUGCAGAAAUUAUUUUCUAAAAAGUGCUUUGAAUCAGAGAAUCAGGAUCAUGAAAAUAAAUUGCUCUUGGUUCCAGUUUUUGUAAUGUCAUGGAAAUGAUGACAUUUUGAAGAUUUAAAAUAAAUAAAACCAUAUCUAACACCUCUCUUCAGCUGGCAUGACUGAACCUGGGUGUGAAAAGCGUCAGCAUUUUUAAAAAGUCAUUUUCCUGUCGCUUUUCUAGGCUCUUUCUGUUUGGGCUUCAUGUGCAAUUGAAUUCUUUUAAGGGGAAUAUUAAAAAAUAGUGAUGAAUUAACAGGAUUUAAAUUUUGCUUUAUAUAUGCCAAAGUAGAACUACACUGCAGAUUUCAGCACUGUCAUUUAGAAAGCCAAAUGUUUUAUGUUUUAGGUCUUCUCUUGAGAGAAUUCUCAAUACAUAUUGUUGAAUAACAUGAACACCUAAGUGUUAAUUUUAGAAUUUUGCAGUGCACCAUGAGUGAAGCAAAAAGGCAGUCAAUUCAUACAAUUUAGGAAAAAUUGAGCUACUUUCUGUGGCAUGCUUCAUGGGGAUCUAAAGAAAUGUGUGCAUGGAAAGUGAUUGCGCUGUAGUGUUUUUGCCCAUGCCUUUGUGUGUGUGUGUAUUGAAAAUGUUUGAAUUUAGAUUUCUCUUUACAGCAAAGUGUAUUUUAAUAAGCUGAAAAACAAAUGAUAGGUUAAUGGCUGCCAUUUUUAUAAUGGUGAAAAUAUAUAGAAAUGAAUUUUUAGUAGUCUUCUUUUUUUUUAAUCCACAAACUUUGAAAUGUCAGAAUAUCUGGGAGAAAAGGAUGUCCUAAUAAGCAACUGAGUGAGAAAAUAUACUGUAUAUUUAACUAGUUCCUUUUUUAAAUAGAAGGGGAUUGAGAUGUUCUCUUUGUGGCUAAAUGGAAUCAACAAAGUAGCAUCUAAUCUUUUUAAAAGCAUUUUUUUGGUGUUAAGAAAUGCACAUUUGAAUGCGAGAAGGAGAAAUUCGGAUUAAGUCUCUUUUAUUGCUCUUCUCUUUCUGGACAAAAAAAUCCUUUGAUGUAACAGUUCUUUACUUAGUCUUUUUUUUUUUUUUUUAAAGCCAAAGUACUAGCAAAAUCUAUAGGAUUUUUAUUAUUUAUUCUGUAGAAUUAUUGAAAGUGCUGUGUAUUGUAUGUACUGGUGAUGUUUUGUUCUUCAAGUGAUUAUCUUUAGAACAAGAAGUUUAUUUUUCUAAAAGGAGAGAAGGAUUUCCCAGCAGCUCCAGGCAUGAGAGUAUUUCCUCUGCUUUUCUACUGGUUUUAAUGUUUUGGAAGUCUUCAGGGGGCUUAUGUGAUCUCUGCCUUUGGCUAGAUGUUAUAAUCUGAAUACAACAAUGGUAUUCAGUGAGAUGGAAGAAACCCAAGGGAAAUGGGUAAAGUGGAGUUUUGAAUCCAACAAAGGAUGCAGAUAUUUAUAAAACAGGCAAAUAGGCUUUGGUUUUCUGUCAUGAUAUUAGAAAACCUACUACCCCUUUUAAUAUAAAGGGCAGCAUUCUUAACGAUUUUAGGUCUUAGAUUUUACCUUCAAAUGUGUGCUCUACUUUAAACUUUUUUAUUUUAAGUGAAUAAGUAUUACAUAAACAUUUAAAUUUCAGAUUCUGAAUUCUUCCCAAAAGCUUCCUUGCUCUUUAUAUUUAGUACUAAAAAACUUGACUCUAAGCUGUUUCAGUAUUUAGAACUCAUGUUGAAAUUGCAAGUUAUAUUAGCAGUGGCUCUGUUAAGUUGCCAUUUGAAUUGAGAAACCUUUUCUCUUGGAUUUUGAGAAAUGGUUAUGCAUAUUUCUCCUUUAUUUACAUGCCACAAAUCUAAAGAAAAACAAAGUUUCCUUUUUCUUCAUACAUGUUGGAGAAAGUAACCUGUUCAGAUUUGCAGUUUGCUUGUGAGUUUUAGUUUAGCAAAGAUGAGAAUCUUAAAGAUUAAUUUUUAUAAAAAACUGAUGUUAAAUCGGUGGAGUUUUGCUUUUGGGGGAUGCUGAGCCCUUUUAAUUUUUUCCUGCAGUAGCAUUCCAUCUUGUGAGAAAGAGAAAACUCUUUGAGAAAGAUCUUAUGGAAAUUUUAUGGAAAGACCACUGGAAGUGGCUAACCAAGCUGAUCUUUUUUUUUAAAUUUUUAAAUUUAUUAUUUUUUUUAAUUUACAUCCAAAUUAGUUAACAUAUAGUGCAACAAUGAUUUCAGGCGUAGAU